CCAUGGAUUACAGGAGUUUAUUGAUGAGGUUACUACCAACACAAGGACGAUUGCAAAGAGUUUACUGAGGAUUUCAAGACUGAUUGAAAAUGCACCUGCAACGGUAUUGGAGCAUGACACCUUCAAGCAGAUGUUUGAGUCUGCUAGACAGAUGCUUGGAUUUAAAGCGCAAGAAGAUGGACAACUGACAUUUACCCAGCAAGAGGAUGCCUAUUGGAGUGACCCAGAGUUCUUGAAAGCGGUUGAUGAAAUCGUCCGUGCAGUAAACAAGAGGACAUUUCUAAAUCAUAUGCCAACUUUCAGCUUGGGAUUGUCACAAGAGGGAACAAGUAGAGACACGCCAACUAUGAAUGCUAAUGCACAAGACUACCAGGACAAUGAUGAAGCUCCAGAAAAUGAAGACGUCCAAUUGGAUGGGCUAGAUGGUCAAACAACAGAGAAAGCUCAAGAAGACACCGAGAACAUAACCAAGGCCGCCAAUCAAGAAUGUGUGCAAGAAGCUGAACAAGUGAACAUAAAUGAUGAGAUCACACCAGUAGGACAAGGCCAGGAGGCCCCUGGUUCAGAUCCACCACACCCACCACAACCAGCAGACAAGGGCAAAGGACCAGCUAGAGUAAACAGCCCAAUUAGACCAAGACCAUCCUCAUACGUACUUGAUCUGGACCAACCAAUAUCUCCAACAGAAGAAGCAAUCAGGAAAUGGGUAUUGGACAACCCUAACCCAGAUCUGACACAAGAACUAUUCAAGUAUGACGGAAGAGUAAUCUACUGGAAAGAUAUGCUGACAAUGAAGCCAGAUACAAAUAUUGCAGUCUCUAUAAUUGAUGCUUGGUCAGUCAUACUCAACAUUCGUGAAUCAGAGAGGGGUUGUACAAAAUUCAUUGCUUCAACAUGGUCAACUCUAUACACAGUUGUGGACCCACAAGGAGAUGAGGAUGUGAGGUUUGGAAGAUUCAAAGCAAAGUACCUUGAGGACAAGACCAUAGCGGCAGACGUUAUGUGGCACAAAAUUCUAUAUUUUCUGUUUCCAAUAGUGGCAUCCAACCACUACUACCUGAUGUCUAUUAGCCCGCUGAUGGAAAGGUACGACAUCAUUGACAACUCAUCAGUGACUGUGAAGAAGGAAAACAAGUAUGGAUAUGUGAUUGCGAAUCUGCAAAAAUUCUUUUCAAAAUUCUUGUUUGAUAUGAAAACCACGUACAAAGCUGAGAAAGUUCAGAAACUGAAAUCUAAAAUAAUGAAAAUGCCUUGGAGAGAUGCCCAGAACAAGAUGGAUUGUGGCAUUUUUCUCAUGCGCCACUUGGAGACUUUUCGAGGACAGACACAAGCAGAAUGGCAAUGUGGAUUGCAUAAGAACAACAAGGACCAAUUGAACAAACUAAGAGUGCGGUACUUGGCUGCCAUGAUCAUGUCAGAUGUAAACGAGCACAAAGAAAGGAACAUCCAACAGGCAGCAGAGUUUGGUAUUUGAAAAAGAAUUUCAGGGGGCAUAUAGACUUUUGGAUGGUUGAUGUCUAUAUUUUUGUGGUUACUUUUAGACUAAUUACUCUUUUGUGAUGGCACCCAGACAAUGUGAACUCACUAUGUACUUUGAUCAACUAUAACACACAAUUUGGAGCCCUACAAUGCACUA